GAUGUUGUUUGUUUGAGUCCGUAACGGCGCACGGUCGCGGCGUUUUGAGAAAGGGGGAAAAAUUCGCGUCCACGCUUUUCCCGCAAAUGAGAUAUGAAUAAAGUUGAAGAUCGGUCGGAUUCGGUUGAAAAAGGAUUUUUUUUGACGUGUCGCACGCGAAAAGGACACCAGUGCCCCGCGAAAUAUCGUGGAUUUUUCGGAAAUAAUAGGUUGUUUGGAAGUGGUUACUGUAAGCCGGUCGUUCACAGGUGGCUUUCAAGCUCUGCUGCUUCCAGUUCUACCCACCGAGCGCACUCCAGCAAUCUCCACAUCACUUCCAGAGAAAUUUCAACUUCCAGUUAGCACAAGGGGACCGCUUUCCAAAAGCUCAGUUUUUCUCCCAAACCAAGUGAUAACGCACUCUAAAUACGCUUCUCUCGCGAGCUUACGUCAGCUCAGAGCUCUAUUUCUGUGAUCGUAGUUUUUAGAAAACGAAAAAGUGAUUCUCGAAGGACUCUAAAUCGGUGUCUUUUUGGUUUCAAACAGUGAUAUUAACUUUAGUUAUUAAUACUGGUAAUUAUGUAUAACUUAAACGUGAAUCUAGCCACAACCGCGGCGACUGCUGCCACCAGCUUGCUGGCAGAGGGUGGGUCGGGUAAUACGCCGCGCACUCCGGAGAUUUUGAACUCGCUGAUCGCCAUGACCAACCCCAUGGACGCGUAUCAGUUUAAUGGUGACGGUACCAAGAGUGUCACGAGGAGUGUGCCACAUGCCGGUAGUAGUAGUGACUCGAAUAGUUCCAGCAGUAGUCAGGUGGAAUCCCCUACCGGCAACAAUCCACCCUCUGUCCAGCAUACCUGUUCCCAGCUGAUCAAGGCCGGACUCAAACUAACCAUCGAGCAAAAACGAAAACAGCAAGGCGACGGAGAAGACCUGUUGGACCUUGAUUCGGUCAAGCGGCUGAAGAGGUGCCACGAAUCGAGCGAGACUGAGGAGGACAGGAUCAAACAAGAGCCCAACGGUCUCACUCCCGAAGACGAGGAACGUCGCAGACGUAGACGAGAACGAAACAAGAUCGCGGCCACCAAGUGCCGGCUGAAGAAGCGCGAACGCAUCGCCAACCUGAUGACGGAGUCGGAAACGUUGGAGACGCAAAACGUCGACCUGAAGAACCAUCUGCGGGAGCUGAAGAACCAGGAACGGCUCUUGAUGGAGAUCCUGACGGUGCACAGGGCCGACCCUGCGUGUUACAGGCCUCAGUGUCAGCACGAGAUCGGGCCAGCUACCAAAGAGAGUUUGUACAAGUUACCCCCGGUGGCGUCGGUGAUGGAGCAGCAUUCCUAUAGUAGAGCGGCGCAAGACAGCCCGCCUGAUUUUCGAAGUCAACACAUGGAGAUUUUAACACGAUCUAAUGGCGUGUCUGUUUCAAACCAACUGACCUACUCACGAACCAGUUACAGCAAACCACCCAGUAUAAUAGUGGAGGACAUCAGCGAUUACGACACCCAGCAAUUCAUCAAUUUGGACACCGUCAGCCCCUAUUCUUACUCCAGUUCACCUUGUCACAACUACUCAUCCAGCCAGAACUAUGGAAGUAGCCAGGAACUGGAUAACGGUUGUAUGGCCUAACGUUUUUUUUGUUUGAAUAAAAAUAUCUUUUUUUUUUAAGUUUUGUUAUACUCUCUGGUAUAAUGAUUUAUUCAGGAUAUUUGGACACAUACCGUGCUGGCAACUGUUACUUUUGGGUCGGUAUUUACAUGUGUGGAAGUAAAUCGCAUAGGGAUCUUAUCAAGUCGGAGUGAGAGAAAUGCGGCAGUCUGCUG